CAAACUUUGUUGCUAAAAUAACUUGUAACGCUUUGUUACAUAAAUUAACCAUGGUAUAUUCCACAGCAGAAAGAGUUGAAAUUAUCGAAAUAUUGCAUCCCCAAGUCGAUGAUAUGCUGUUCAAAUGGUUUCAACAAAAGCGUGUUCAUAAUUUUCUAAUAAGUGGAUCUAUGAUACAAAUAAAGGUGAAGGUGAAACUUGCAAUGGAGGGAAACUAUUAAAAGAGCGAAUAACUGUUAUGAUUUGUGCUAAUGCUUCUGGUACUGAAAAACGGAAAUUAUUGAUAAUAGGGAAAUUUAAGAAUCCCAGGUGAUUCAAAAGUGUUAAAACAAAUCCCGUCGUUUAUGUUGGAAAUAAUAAAGCUUGGAUGACUUCAUCAAUUUUUGAAGAAUAUUUAAAAAAGUGGGACGCUGAACUUGUUAAGAAAAUCCGUAAAAUGUUGCCCUUGGUCAAUAACUGCCCCGCUCAUCCAAAUAUUUUACUUAAUAACAUCAACCUUCAAUUUUUUCCACCCAAUGUCACAUCAGUUCUGCAACCGAUGGACCAGGGUGUCAUUUGGAGACUUAAACAAAUGUAUAGGAAACAUAUGUUGAUGAAAAUUAUGGAGCUUCAAGAAGAUGUCAACAUUAUCAAAGCUGUCACCAUUUUAGAUGCUAUAAAUUUGCUUACUAUUGCAUGGGAAUUGGUUACUCCACAAACGAUCCGUAAUUGUUUUUACCAUGAUGUGAAAAACAUAACUGAAAUAGUCAACGAUUUUGAUCCAGAAGAUGAAAUUCCAUUAAGUGAUUUAUUGAAAAUUAAUAGUUUACUGGAUAUAGACAAAUUUAAUGACUAUGUAAAUGUUGACAAUAAUUUAAUAGCAACACAGGAAUUGUCAGACUCCAAUUUGGUUAAUGAAGGAUCCGUUGAUAACAAACAGGAAGAUGCAAUAGAAAACAACGAUAAAGAAGAGCUUCCAGUGACAACUAAGGAGGCAUUAGACUGCGUGAAAAAGUUGCAACGUUAUUUUCAGCAAGAAGAAGACAGUAUAGCCACACUUACCAAAUUAAAUAAAAUUUAGCUUGCUGUUCUAAAUAAUUAUACAAACAGCAAUCUAUUCAAAU